AUGGAGCUGACUUUGACGUAGAUUCCCUAAGCCUGUAAAUGUAUCCGCUAGCUUGUGUGCUGCUAUGCGAACGGAAUGAUUUUUAUUUUGGUAACAUAGGCCUUGAUUUAAUUUUUUUGGAUCAGCAUCAUAAAUUAUUAGAAUCUGUUAGAAAAAAAAAGUUCAAAUAGUUUAUCUGCAAAAGUCACCAUAAAAGUAUAUGGGGAGGGCAGAGAUAGGACCUAAAGCUGGGCAGACGCCAUAUCUGCUGGUUCCCACCUUGGAGGCUAAUAAUCCGCAAAUAUCUUGAGAAGUUCUCAUCACCCAGCCCUUAUUGCCAGGAACCCCGGAAAGCCCUUAUUGCCACAGAAUCGACAUCUGGAUCGAACACCACAACUUUCCUCCACAUACCGAGGACUGGCAAGCUGAAACGCAGACCCAAGGCCUAUCAAUCACUGACCAUCCACGACUUGGAGAAGCUCAUCGGGGGAGCCUACAUACAUGGUGACUCCAAUCCGGACAGCGACAUCUACCCAAACCACACUGAAACCCCAACGAGAGAUGCACACAAAAGUCUCACCCUGGCCCUUCUACAGAACAGCCCAACAUCAGCGCUUUAUUACAGCGGCAGGUGCAGCCUAAAAUGGCCCCCACCGAACAGACGCUAUCCCGCUCACUGA